CUUGUGAUCAAGGGAUGAAAACAGUGCUUCAGUUCUUUCAGUCUUAGGACCAAGGCAGCAGGUGGCAGCCUGAAGAAAAUUGCCAUGAAAGUCAGACUGAACGCCGUCUCCCUCUUGGCAGCCUUGGCUGGCGUGGUCAGUUUCAGCUUCCUGCUGGUGGCUAUCAGCACUGACUUUUGGUACCUUAUUGAUGCUUCUAAGCUGCAGAAGCUCCUCAACCACACAGACAGCCUGAGCUCCCAUUCAGGGCUUUGGAGGACAUGCCAAGGUAAGUAACCCCUGGUUUCCUCUUGAGCUUCGGUGGGUUAGGCUCACAGGAGAGUGCCUUAGACCGAGUCAGACCAUUGGUCCACCUAGAGCUCAGUACGGUUUACACUGACUGGCAGUGGCUCUCCAGGGUUUCAGGCAGGGAGUCUACCUGGAAAUGUCAGGGAUUGAGCAUGGGAUGUUCUGCAAAGCAGGUGAUCUACCUCUGAGCCAUGGCCCACUGACAUAAGUUGAGCUCUUUGGGAAAAGUCUCUUCCUAAAGGGAAAUACUCACUUCCUUUAAUUGGCUGGCUGGGCAGACCCCAUCCCACCAACUGUCUCGCAAGGUAUCCCACCACAUGGCUGGUAGAUGGGCUUAUUUUAUUUUCCAACCAUGCUUUAGACACAUCCUACCUUUCCUCCAAGGAGCUCAAGGUGGUGUAUCGAUCUCCCCACUCUGUUUCAUCAUCACAACACCCCUGUGAAGUAGAUUAGGCUAAGUGAUAGUGACUGGCCCAAGAUCACCCAGUGAGCUGCAUGGUUGGGUGGAUAUUUGAAUCCUGGCCUCCCAGGUCCUAGACCAGAACUCAAACCACUUCCCUACCUUGAUACUCUUUAUAGGUGAAAGGAAAGGAAACAAGCAUUGGAGAGACAGGACAUUCCCAGAAGGAGUCCUUAUUCUAAACCUGCUGGUUGCAGAUCACUACAUUGGUAAAUAAAGGAUGAGUGCUGGCAAAUUAGUUAGUGAUGGUUAGGAUUAAGGGGCUAAGCCUCCAGGGUGGAGUUCUGAAAGGCAUAAAUGCUAUCCAUGUUGAAAUCCAUGGAUUUGACUGCUGCAGUCAAGCAAUUGUUAAAGACCAGUCUCAUAGAACUGUCCUGUGCUGGGAGGUUGUGUCAAGAAGAAGUGGAGCUGCAUGUUCUACUUGGUUUAGCAACCAGAUUAAUCAACUUGAUCCUUCAGGUUGAUUAAUCAACGGUGGUGAAAUGGAAAAUUUGUAGUAAGAAAUGAUCUAUUGAAUUCUGAAUAAAUGUUUCAUGGUCUUUCCCUUUCUUUUCUUUCUCUUCCAGUUAAUAGGACCUGUUUCAAUUUGGUAAACCCCUUUAACCCUGACAUAUCAAAUAUCACCACAUCACACAAGCAACUCUUAAGUAAGUGGCUUAAAAAAUGUACCAAAAUUCAUAUUUUAGGAUAAAAUGUGUUCAGAAAUGCAUAUGUUGAUAUAAAACAAGUAUUUAUAUAUGUGUGAUAUCUGAGUAUGUCUUUAAAUAAAAAAUAGUACCUAAAAAAAUCCCAGAUUAAUGUGGAAAUAGGAUGAAACGGACAUACAAAUGUUUUUGUUGUUGUUGGCAUCCAUCUGUCUCAAGAGACAAUGGAGUGCGCCUCUGGGGUGAAGUCAAACUGCUGUGUUAGCAGCACCAAAUUGACCUCUGUGGGGCUCAAGCCUGGACAGGUGUAUGGAGGUCCUGGGCUGCCCAGAUGUUAGGAUGCUGUCAGCAGCUCCUGGCUGGUUGCCUAGGAAAGUAUAAAGACAAGGAAAAGUAUCUUACAGACCUUUUUUAUUUCAAUCUUUACAGAAAGAGGCUAGAGAACCUAGCCUCUUGGAUAAUGGCGUUGUCCCAAGUGAAUCUCCACCUCCUCAUCUCUUCCACUUCCUCAUUUGUCAUUCUCAUCAUCUCCUCUACGAGUGCUGCUAUGUACCUAUGUCUUUGAGUUCUUUGUUCUCCUACUUUUAAGGCUCACCAGGUUUUGGGAGAUGGAGGGCCUAGAAUGCUUUCUAAUGACGAGUCAGCUGGGUGUUGUUCUGGCUCUCCCAUGAUUUCCCAGCUUUUCUCCUCAUCUGCCUCUGAGCUGUGACCUCUCUCAAACCCCUGUUGUCAAUAUAUACUGUCUUCCUCUUCCUCCUCUCUGGAGGGGUCAGCAUGGGGAGGUGGUCUCCACCAUUCCUCUUCUGCCCAGUCCCUGACACUAGAUGACAAGACCCCCUCUCUUGGCCUCAUUGAUGUGGUGGAAAGGAAAGCAGAGCAAUAUGUUUGGUACCAGCUUGGCUGCAGGAGUUGCUGGAAGGAGUUGUACAUGGCGCUAUCCCAACUGCCUUAGGGACUCCACUCCGGAUUUGUGUAGGGUUUAUUCCUUAGCCCUUUCUUCUCCCAAAGAUAUCCCACAAGGCAGCAGAGGUUUAGGAUCAGAGUUUUUCUUCUCCUAGAUGGGCCACCUUCCCAGACCUUCCCAGGUUGAUGAGCCACAUCUGCCCCGCACUUCCCUCUAGUCUACAGCAUGUGCAGAAAACACCUUAUUGACCAUUGGACCCACAAUCGGUCGUGUCCAUUCAAUCUACCAGAGCCUGUCUUUGCAUGCAAGGAAAGACUCUAGUUUACCCAGGGUUUGAGACCCAUUGGCUACCCUCACCUGGUUUAGCUGGCCAGUCGAAGGCAUUUCAUGUGGUGUUACUGCUGUUGCAUGCUGACAGCUUCUAGGAGCCACAGGUGAAGACUGAGAGCAAGGUGGGGACCAGAGGUGGACAAACUACCCCAGAAGGAGCAUGACAUGUCCCCCACCAGAGGUACUACCUUUCCCCUAACACCCCAUACACCCACUUACAAAUGUACACAUGCAAUAUUUUAACAGACUGGACCCACCUCUUUCCAGUUAUGGGGGCUGCCAUCCCCCUUACUUGUAAUGUCCCAGAAUGGUGUUCUCUCUGGGGUAUUUGGAGAGGAAAAAAUGGUAUGCAUUCCCUCCCACCCCAAAAUUAAGAUUCAAGACAAAUAAAAGAAAAUACUUCUUCACAUAGUGUAUGUCCUAUGUGAUUUUCUCCUACAAGAUGAGGCAGUGAGGCUUUUACCAGAGAUUAGACAAUGUUAUGCAGGAUAUGGCUAUCUGUGGCUGCUAGCCAUGAUGGCUGUGUUCUACCUUCACUGCCAGAGACAUUGUGCACCUAAAUUCCAGUUUCUGGGAAGCACAAGUGGGGAGAGUGAUGCUGUUGCACUGAGAUCCUGCUUCCCAUGGGCAUCUGUUUGCCAUUGUGAAAACACGAUGCUGGACUACAAGAGGCUUUGGCCUAACCUAGCUGCAGAGCUUUUCCUAUGCUCUUAUGAGCAAAAUAUUCCACCUAAUUUUACCAUCCAGGAAUGGGGCCACAACAUUCAGGGUCUGUUUGGACUCAGGCCCAUCUCUAGAACCAAGGAGCAAAAGUCAGCAUGCUUACCAGUUAAUCAAUCUAAUCAAUCAAUCAAUCAAUCAAUCAAUCAAUCUAAUCUUCAUUACAGUCAUAGACCAGCACAAGUAGGGUGGGAGUACAAUCAUUUAGAAUCUGUAAAACGUUUUAGAAAGCUAAAAAGUAUUAAAACAGAAGGUAUAGCUAAAGGACUAUAAGAAUCUAAAAGAAACUAAAAAAAAUCUAAAAGAAGGGUUAGAAGCAUAAAACGGAUGUGGAAGAGCAUAAAGGUUAGUAUAUAAAAGACUAUAACUAACAUAGGGACGCGGGUGGGGCUGUGGGCUAAACCACAGAGCCUAGGACUUGCCGAUCAGAAGGUCGGUGGUUCGAAUCCCCGCAACGGGGUGAGCUCCCAUUGCUCGGUCCCUGCUCCUGCCAACCUAGCAGUUCGAAAGCACGUCAAAGUGCAAGUAGAUAAAUAGGUACCGCUCCAGCGGGAAGGUCAAUGGCAUUUCUGUGUGCUGUUCUGGUUUGCCAGAAGUGGCUUAGUCAUGCUGGCCACAUGACCUGGAAGCUGUGUGCUGGCUCCCUCGGCCAAUAAAGCAAGAUGAGCGCUGCAAUCCCAGAGUCGGUCACGACUGGACCUAAUGGUCAGGGGUCCCUUUACCUUUAUAACUAACAUGCUUACCAGAAUCAAGAGUAAAUGUGAAAAUGCAAAGGCGAGCAAUUGUGAGCUUACUUACCCAUUUAGCUGUACCCAAUCUUUCCGGCUAUAUAUCUAUACAGUGGUACCUCGGGUUAAGAACUUAAUUCGUUCCGGAGGUCUGUACUUAACCUGAAACUGUUCUUAACCUGAAGCACCACUUUAGUUAAUGGGGCCUCCUGCUGCCGCCGUGCCGCAGGAGUGUGUAACAUGAGAGUGGAGUGUGUAACAUGAAGCGCAUGUAACCUGAGGUACCACUGUAUGGUCAUUCUGCUAGCAAGCAAGAUGGCUGCCUUGGAGUGGGUCAACCUAUCUGCUAGUGGAGAACAAUAACAUAAGAGGACAUAAGACAAGGGCCCACCAAACGCAAUGCACUAGAUAAAUCCCCCAAGCAGAAUCUGAGUACAACAGUGCUCUCCCUACUUGUGCUCCCCAGAAACUGGCAUUGAGAUGCCUACUGCCUCUGACAGAGGAGAUAGAUAGAACAUAUCCUUAAAGAAGAGUUUGGAUUUGAUAUCCCGCUUUAUCACUACCCAAAGGAGUCUCAAAGCGGCUAACAUUCUCCUUUUGCUUCCUCCCCCACAACAAACACUCUGUGAGGUGAGUGAGGCUGAGAGACUUCAGAGAAGUGUGACUAGCCCAAGUUCACCCAGCAGCUGCAUGUGGAGGAGUGGGGAAUCGAACCUGGUUCACCAGAUUACGAGUCCACUGCUCUUAACCACUACACCACACUGUCCCAAAGCCUAGUUGCCAAGUUCAUCUAACCCUUUUUUUAAAGCUGUCCAAGUUGGUGGCCACCUUGACCUUUUGUGGGAGUGAAUUCUGUAAUUUAACUGUACAGUGGUACCUCAGGUUACAUACGCUUCAGGUUACAUACGCCUCAGGUUACAGACUCCGCUAACCCAGAAAUAGUGAUUCAAGUUAAGAACUUUGCUCCAGGAUAAGAACAGAAAUCGUGCUCCGGUGGCGUGGCGGCAGCAGGAGGCCCCAUUAGCUAAAGUAGUGCUUCAGGUUAAGAACAGUUUCAGGUUAAGAACAGACCUCUGGAACGAAUUAAGUACUUAACCCGAGAUACCACUGUAUAAGAACUAAGUUGCAGCUUAUGGCAAUUGCUGCAAGCUCUUCCUAUAAUGAUGUGGAAAUGAGGUUUGGAAGUCAGCUCCAGGUUCCCAGUUCUAAUAUGCUAGUCAAAAAUCUCCUCAUGCCUAAGCUGGGCCUGUUGCAAUAAGAUGAAAUGUGUUCAUGAGUAAGCUUCCCACUGCAGUCUCUCUUUCUUGCAUCAUUUAUCCAUUGUUAUGGGAAGCCACAUUUUUCAUCAUCCCCUGUAGAAGAGCUGGAAGCAGCGAUAGGUGGGAGGAAAUCACAGCAGAACCUCUUGUUUUGGCCAGUUGCACCAAUGUACUAAGGCAAGCACCUCUAACAGUUCUGUGAAUUAGUAUAAUAGCAUUCAUUACCAACUCUUGAGUCUCUAUUAUUUAUUGGUUUCCAUAGUAGCUUUAAAAGACCAAGAGGGAAGCCAGGUUUUCAGUGCAUGGGCAAUUAGUACUGAAGAGAAACAAAGUGGAACUCAGAAUCCAGCCACUCACUUACAAGGAUGAAAAUCUACUCUUCUACUCUUCUUUUUUUCAAACAGCAAGGCAGACUCUAGUCUUCUUAAUUGAAACCCAGCAUGUUCAUUGCCAACAUUUUAGGGUGAUAACCAUAGUCUCCAGUUGCGACGAAAAUGCCUGGGACCUUCACAAAAACCCUUAAGCCCCACAGCUUCUCACUUUACCAUGCAGAGUCCUGAAUUCCCAGCUGCAAGCCUUUCCUCCCCCUCCCCUCAAAAUACCUAAAAUCUUUCUCCACCUUUUCAUUCAUUGCUCCUUCCAUCUCCUGGCCAGGGAAAGAGAGAAGCUUUAGAUGUACUGCUGCAGGUGGGGUCUGAGUUGGCUACAACCCAACGUAGACUCACCUUUAAACACAAACUGAUUUGAUUGUCUCUCCCAUGCUUACUUGAGGCCCAGGCUCAGGCCACCCAGGGCAGAAGACAAAAGAGGGAAUUAGAAAGGCCUAGGAAAGUACUCUACACCUCUCUGUUUAUUCAGCUGGUGGCACGAUAGCUGGCAGGAAAGGUCAUCAGAGAAGCACAGAAAGCUAAUUGCACAGGAAGAAAGCAAACAACCGAGCAGUAGCUCCUAGGAAGCACCAGAGGGCUCUGAGGAAUUUCCAGUUAUCCAUUAGCCCAUUGCACAUGAAAAAGACAAAAAAGACAGGAAAAGAGAAAACAGGCAAGAGCAGGAAGGGUCACUUACAGCAAAGAACAAAUCACAAACAAGCACAGCUGGGAGACAAGGUACCCAUUCUCUCCUCCAAAACAUGUUUAUUCAGAAGGAAGCACAGCUCAGUGGGACUUCAGAUUGCAGCCACCAUGAUAUUUAUGAAAACCAGGCAUCUUAUGACACCUCUAAAGAUGGGCAGAUGGAUUGUGGCCUGGCGUCUGUGUGGAUAGGGGAGCUCCAGCCCUGAUGGAUUUUGUCUUUUUUUUACAAAUUGUUCUCUUACCACCAGGGAUUGACAAGUAUGUCAGUUUCAGUUUCUCAUUUCCCCCCAUCUUAAAUUCAUUUCUCCAUAUUUCCACGGCAACUUCUAAGGGGGAAAAUUAAUGAAAAUUCUUUAUCAUUUCACUUCAAAUUUCUCCUAAUAAAUGUGGUGUUUGGUGUUUGGACCGACUAAUACAUUUUUUUUGUAUUGCAAAAUUGGAGAAGCAUGAAUUUGGAAGGAGAGCUGCCCUUUGGUUUGCAUAUAGGCCCUCAAACUGCAAAUUAGGUGGUUUCUCGUUGAAAUGAGAACAAUGGAGAAAAGGGCAUUACAAAAUCUAGACUGUAACCAAGUUAAUGAAGUCAGAAAAGAAAAUGCCAAGAAGCUUCUAAGUGCAGAUCCCUCAGAUUUAAAAAAUAAAUAAAUGCAGAGAUACAGUAUUUAAAGUAAGAAAAAGAGAAAACAAUUAAGAAAUCCUUAUGUUGGAGUACACCAAAGGGACUUUCAUUUUGUUGUUUGAAACAUUUGUAUAAGCAAUCAGGAUUACUGUCUCCAACAAAUGUGUCUCUGCAACUAUUUCCUCUAGCUAUUCUUAGUUUACAUGUAAGUUUCUCUUGAAGGUCUACGUGACAAAAACUUUCAUACCACGCUGUUAAAUUAGGUCCUUUGAGAUCCUUGCAAAAAGUGGCAAUAGCCAUAUGUAUAAGGACAGUACUUGGCAAAUGUGACCGAUCGAUUUUGUUUCCCUCCAGAUAUGCAUGGGGCAGUUGUGAUCCUGCUACCUCUUAGCCUCAUCUUGUUGAUCUUUGGAGCAAUGACGGGCUUCAUCAGUAUCCUUGCACAGGCUUACUUCCUCCUUAUGUUCACUGGCCUCCUCUUUCUCCUUGGAGGUAUGCCAUGGAGCUGCUAUGGAUUUGGGGGCGGGGCGGGAAACAAUUCCUUGCACAUUUAGACUAUCCUUAAUUCCACAGAAGCUGAAGGCAAGGUAACCUUCCCCAUGCACCAUGGCCUGCAGACUGAAUAUGGCCUGACAGGUCCCAGACUUGCCAGCCCCCAAAUUUUAUCUCUUGAUCUGAUCAGGAGAUAAAGCUCUUGAUCUGCUCUUUAGAGGGCAAUAUCUAAAGAGCAGGCAGAAUGAUUUAUCUCCCUGAUUGGCACAUAAAAUAUCCCUCUGGCUGCUCUCUAGAUAAAAUCGCUGAAGGACAGUUGGAUGGAUCUUUUAUCUCCAAUCUCAGCACCAAGCACUGCAGCACUGAGUUCAGAGAUAAGCCCUCUUCUUGCUCUUUAUGAGUAAAAGGGAGUGCCCACCCUCACUCUAGUACUGCCCUUUACUCUUAAAUAGCAGGCAGAGACCAUAUAACACCGGUCCUGAAAGACCUACAUUGGAUCCCAGUAAUUUUCUGAGCACAAUUCAAAGUGUUGGUGCUGACCUUUAAAGCCCUAAACAGCCUCGGCCCAGUAUACCUGAAGGAGCGUCUCCACCUCCAUUGUUCAGCCUGGACACUGAGAUCCAGCGCCGAGGGCCUUCUGGCAGUUCCCUCCCUGCGAGAAGUGAGGUUGCAGGGAACCAGGCAGAGGGUCUUCCUGGUAGUGGUGCCCGCUCAUGGAAGCCCUCCCAUCAGAUGUCAAGGAAAUAAACAACUAUCUGACUUUUAGAAGACAUCUGAAGGCAGCCUUGUUUAGGGAAGUUUUUAAUAUUUGAUGUUUUAUCGUGUUUUUAAUAUCCUGUUGGGAGUCGCCCAGAGUGGCUGGGGAAACCCAGCCAGAUGGACAGGGUAUUAUUAUUAUUAUUAUUUAUUAUUUACUGUAUAAAGGUAAAAGCUGCUUUCAUUGCCCCACCCGCUUUUGCCUCUAGCUCCACCCACCCCUAGAAAGUUGCCCUGAAUGGAAUGUGGUCCCCAGACUGGAAAAGGUUCCCCUCUUCAGACUCCUUCACAGCUUGUCUCUCUUUUAGCUCUCAUCACACUGGCCGGGCUCAGCAUCUACAUCACCUACUUUGCUGCAGGCUUCAGGGAAGCCAUUCUCCUCUUGGGAAGGAAGAACCUUCUGGACAUUAUCAACAUCCGGUUUGGCUGGUCUCUGGCCUUUGCCUGGCUUUCCUUGGCUACUGAGAUCCUCACUGGGCUAGCUUUCCUCCUGAUGGCCAGGAUGGUGGAUAUUAAGCAAAGGCAGGAUUGCACCAUAUGAGGUCAUCAAACACCACAGCCCAUCCGGGUCAGUGGGUUUUGACACCACCAGUUUUCCAUUUCUCCCUACUUUCUCUUUCUUAUUUUGAGCCACCUGCUGGCGCUUAAAAGUGAGUGACUUCUAAGUCAAAGGAUGGCUUGUCUUGCUCUCCCCUGGGCCUUUUUUCUUCCAUGCGCUUAUAAUUUUGGUUAACAGAUGAGUGGCCUUCUGGAAAGAGGGUCUUGUGCAGAUCUAGGCUCCUUCUGUCAGUGGCGAGGAAAUAAAAUAUGAUGUAUGAAAAGGAAAAUUCCUGGAUGCCAAGAUCCAGGUUUGGGGCAAGUAGAUUUAAAACCACAAAACAUGCAGCAAAAUGAAGUGUGGAAAUAUAGGUUUUUAGACCUAUAAUACAUGCCCUUUUAAGUUCCAAAAUAAUUCCCUCUUCCGCCAGCACAAAAGGGCUUGUAAGAGCCAUGCGGUCUGAGCUUGGAUCAACCAGCUCAGACAUCUUCACAUGCUGAGCUUCUCUGGUAGACUGAAGAUGAAGAAAGGCCUUGAUCACCUUCCUCCCAAGGUGAGGGGGAAUAACCUAGUUUGGGUGUGAGAUUACAGUGGUACCUUGGGUUACAUACACUUCAGGUUACAUAAGCUUCAGGUUACCGACUCCGCUAACCCAGAAAUAGUUCUUCAGGUUAAGAACUUUGCUUCAGGAUGAGAACAGAAAUUGUGCUCCGGCAGCGCAGUGGCAGCAGGAGGCCCCAUUAGCUAAAGUGGUGCUUCAGGUUAAGAACAGUUUCAGGUUAAGAACGGACCUCCGGAACAAAUUAAGUACUUAGCCCAAGGUACCACUGUAUCAGAAAUCUGUAGUCCUGCAGAACAGGUGCCUACCCACCAUUAGGUUAUAUCUGUGUAUUAAAUGUCUCUAAAUUCCACAAGCAGAAGCAAUUCCUGUGGGCAGAAUGGUUUCCACUAAUAGAUCAGAUGUAGAUAUAAAUACAGUUGUAGAAAAUUGCUUCUAACAGCAAAGUCAGAUGGUGAGCACUGGCAGGAGCGUAGCAAAAAUGGGACCACAAGGGAACAAGCAGAAAUGACCCACAUGUUUCAUGGAACUUUGAGAGCUGCAGAAAUACAAACAAAAAUAUUUUUUUAAGCCCCCAAAGCUUUUGGGGGAAACCCACUGGAAAAUAACAACAAUGCAGGGAGAGUAGAACAUGUUGAAUGACCACAGAAUUUAGAGUGACAGUUUGAAAAGAACAGAAGAAAAUAGAAGGGAGGCCGAGGUGGGAUGCUUAGUUUAUUGGAACACUGAAUGUGAGCACUCCUUUGUGAAAGGAGAUGAACUGCAACAUUUACUUGCAAGCCCCCCUUUGUACAUCUAUACUGCCCAACAUCUGCAGGUGCCUCCCAAGUCCUUGUGACAUCAAAGAAUGCUCACAAACAUUCUACCUUCAAAGGGCAAAGGUCUGUAUAAUCUUGAUGAUCUGAGCACUGGUUAUAUCAAGAAAUACUGCUGCGUGCAAGACAUCUGCUUUGGCAGAGGUGCUGCUUCUCUUCAAAGAGAGGUGUAUGUGUGAGUUUGUGUGUAGCUGCCUGUGCCAGCCCUGGUGUAUCCUGCAAAGACAUCCUGCUGCACACAGGACACCUGCCAAUACUAUAGAGAAGGGGUGGCAACAUGCUUUCAAGUUGGUUUCCACACCAGAAAUAGCUCUGAAAGAAGAACUGUGGUCUUUGCUGACAUCUCGUGGCAGGAGUGAGAAACUGAACAGCGAAAAGUAAAAAGAGAGGGUGCUGUAUUUAUCAGCUUCAGUUGGCAAGACAGCUAAGGCCAUUCCUGGACCGAGGUAGCUUAGUCACUGUGGUCCUGGCACCCACAACCUCAAGACUAGAUUACUGCAAUGCAGUAAUGUGAGGCUUCCCUUGGGCUUAGUCCAGAAGCUGCAGAAUACAGCAGCUAGGUAGUUGCCUAGGUCAUCCCACUGACGCUGUGUAACACCUCUGCUGAGUGUGUUGCACACUGCCUGCCAAUAUGCUACUGGGCGUGAUUCAAGGUUUUCUUUUUGCAUUUAAAACAACUUGGGACCCAGUCAUCUAGAGGCCUGCCUUCUUCAGAAAUGACAUUGUCCCAGAGGUGUGUUUAGUAUGCACAAAGGAGCAGGCUUUUAGUGCUCCUGCAUCAGCCCUCUGGAAUUAAUCAUCUUGAUAUUUAGGCAGUUAUGGAAGACUUUUGUUUGUUUGUUUGUUUAAGAAAGCUUUACCGUCAUGUGACCCAGUCAUUUUACGAAAAAUUACUUGUACAACUAUAGCAAUGGCUUUAAUUUCUUUUAGUUCAACGAGUCUGCAGUCUUUUGUGUUUUAUCUUGUACUACCCCACUUUGGUGGCUUUUGGCUUGUGAAGUGGUUUCUAAAUCAGCAAAUAAAUAAAAUAUGAUGUAAGAAA